GAAGUUACACGAAAGGCUGCACUUGCAUGCGCUCUGUCUAAUAUAAGAAUACAUUAAGAUACCAUUUAUUCGUGUACUACAACGACCAACGUCGCCCCUAAUGAAAGCGAGGCAGUGUAAACACAACUCCAGGAACAUGAAAAGAUCGGGUGACAGUGAGGGGGAGAAGAGAAGAAAGAGGCGGAGGCUGCUGCGUGAGUUGGGAGAUCAGAAAAUCCCCUUUCUGGGACCUUCAGAUCGAGGCUUUCAGCAACUGUGGGAUUCCAGUUACUCUGGCCUGGUCCUGAGGAGAUCCUGCUCGCUGCCUGCUGAGCUCCAUGGCCGGGUUCAGGCAGCUUUUCUCACCCUGAGAAGGAAGGGCUGCCUCCUGAGGGAUUUGGUUCGCGUCCGUGACCGAGAUGUAUUUACUGCAGUGUCACGGGCUCUUCUGGGUGAGCCGGGCCACACCUAUCGCUAUCUGGACACACGGCUCUUUGCCAUCCCCUGGCACAGUGAGGACACUGAGGUCAAAGGACAAAACUGUUGUGACCCUGACUUGAGGGCUGCCUGCAAGGCAUUGUGGGAGCUUAACACGUUCUUCUGUUCUGAUGUGUCUCAGCUGAAGGAAGGAGAUAGGCUAACUCAGUGUGCAAAGGGGGAGGCAGAGCCCAAACAGGGUGAAGAAGGGGAUACAGAGUCUAAACACAGUGAAGACUCUAAGAAUAGUGAAGGAGGGGACUCAGGGUCCCGACAAAGUGAAGAAGGGGACACAGAGUCCAAGCACAGUGAGGAGUGGGACAUUGAGUCGAAACACAGUGAAGAAGGCUGCUCUGGGUCAAAACAAGAAGGAGAAUGGGAGACUGGGUCCAAACACAGCAGUGAGGAGGGAGAGUCCUCUCAGGUCAAACCAAGUGUCACAGUAGGGUCGGAACACAGUGAAGGAAAAUUCCCCGGCUGGGCGCCUAAGACCAGUGGCACAGCGACUGAACCUGUGGGACUAGGGACCCAAGAGAAACCCGUGACCCAACUGAAGCACAGCUUGUCAGAUUAUCACAUUGAGAACAAGGCGGAACAGGCAAGCGGGCAGGGCUGUUCCCAGCCGAGUCCUCCGCAGGUAUGCACUGGUCCGGUCAAGUUCAACGUCACCUUACUCAACUACAUGAACCCAGCAACUAUUAGCCAGCUCAAAGAGGAACCUUACUUUGGUAUGGGGAAAAUGGCAGUAGGGUGGCACCACGAUGAGAACCUCAUCACACAUUCGCCAGUGGCUGUUUACAGCUAUAGCUGUCAUGACGACAAAGGUGAGAGCAGUGAGGGAGGCAGCGGUGAGAAGGCAUGCUGGAGGAUUGGGCUCAAGGUAGCCUGGGACAUCCACACACCUGGCUUGAUGCUGCCACUGGAGUCUGGAGACUGCUAUUACAUGAGAGAUGACUUGAACAGUACCCACCAGCACUGCGUCCUAGCUGGAGACACUGCACGCUUCAGCUCCACGCACAGAGUGGCCGAGUGUUCUAGUGGGACCCUGACCUACAUCCAGUCACAGUGCCAAAAGGCCCUGUCCAACCUUCACACUGACCCAGAGACAGGCUCCCACAGCCUGUUGGCCCUGCUGCCGACAACGCUACAGCACUGUGAGCAGAUUCACAAUGAGGUGGAGUUCGAGUGGCUGCGGCAGUACUGGUUUCAGGGCCAACGCUACGCCCGCUUUUGCAGCUGGUGGACCAGACCGAUGGAGCAGCUGGAGAAGGACUGGAGGCUCAUGGAGACGAUGACUAUGCUCUUCCUGGCUAGAGUGGAGGAGGAGGGCCAAGCAGGGGAGGGAAGGAGGGAGAUGGCAGAAACCCUGCUGUCUGCCUUGACAGACAGACACCAGCAAAGGCAGACAUGGAGAGACAGGUGCCACUCAAGUCUGGCCCAGACAUUACCCCCUGAGGAGGCCCCAGUGGACCGGCCCUUCUGGGGUGUGGAUGACCCCAGCAUGCCGCUGCCCUUUGAUCUGGCUGACAUCAUCAACAGAGUGGAGUCACUGCUCUGGAGGAUGUGAUGGAGGGAUAUAGAGGAAGUCAGAAAGAAAGACAAGAAAAAAAACCCACCAGCUUUUCUGAAUGUGGGGGCCUCACAUCAUCUGAGGGGACAAGACCACUGAAGACACCUCCGUUGUGAUUCCACCAAGAUUGAUUUCCUUUUUAUUGGGGCAUCUACAUCCCCCCCGACUCCACCCUCCACUCCCUCGGCUCAGCCACGCUAUUUUUGAGUUGGCUGGAAGGAAACCAGACCACCACAAUAGAAACAGAAUAGUGCUUCAGUAACAUGCUAACAACGCAAGCUUAGCGACAAGCUACUAGUGUCACAAAGGUCUAACGAAACAUAAGUGAAACCUGCAUUUCAGUGUUAGCAUACAUUGUGUAACUAUUUAUUAUUUCAGUGUAUUCUGUUACUUAAUCUCAUGUAAACCAGACAUGCUUUUAUCAGUGGAUUGACUCAUUCUCAGUAGUCACAGUACAGUACAUACAUAUAUGCUUUGUCACACAGUGUUAUAAUACAGUAUAGAAUGGUUAAAAAAAAAAAAACUCACUUUGCUCACAUGGUAUUGCAUUCUUCACUUGUGUAUAGUAAUCCCUUUUAUUGUGUUCAACGGUGGAAUGAGCCUGAAGAGACCAAAGAAAGAUUAUGAUAAGAAAGUUCUGAAUGUCACCCAGUGGAAAACAUGAAGUAUGUGUUGUGUAGUGUUUACCGUGCGAUGUUGUGCUUGUGCCAUAUUGACGUAUGACAGUGUGUAUGGUUGUGUGUGUGUGUGUGUGUGUGUUUGUGUGUGCACAUUUAGCCGUGUGAAUAUACAUAUGAUCAGUCAUUGGCCUGUGUGUUCGUACAUGUGCACAUGUCUACAUGAAGGCGCGUGUGUAUGAAUGUGAUAGUGUGUGUGAGCCUGUAGGCAGCCUGCCAGUUGUUUGUUCUUGAAGAUAUGCAUAUGGAGAAACAGAAACUAGCAGUGGGGCCCCUCUGCCUCUGCUCGGAUGAAAGGCAGCGCUGAUAGAAUGACCCGGAACACAACCGCCGUUUCUCAUAAUUACAGCUGUUCAAUCGCUUUUAAUUACUCUUAAAGUGUGUAGAGCACCACAUUCCCCUGUAAUGCUGCGGGCCAUCCAAGAGAGCGAGAGAAAGAUCCGGCUCUUCUGACAGAAUCCACUUUCAAAAAGCUAAAAUGGGUGGAAAAGGGGGCCGACGUCAAAGCAGUGUAGCAGCCCUCCUCGUUUGAUUCCUUUCUCUAUCUAGUUCAUGAUGAAGUAGAGAUGCUGUUUACUAUUAAAAAUGCAGAAUGCACUCCUUUUUUUACUUCUGAAGUUUUUUCCAAGAUGUUAAUGGUUGCCAAACGCUGUUCUUCUUGCUUCUUCUUUUGCUGUGUCUCUGUUGUUUGUUGUUGUCAGAGAGAUUUGUUUGUAGAUUGGCAGUAGCGUUGGCUUGUUUGAAUCACUCUGUGCUCCCUGCGCCACAGCUUGUCUGUCUGAAGCAAUAGGAAUGGCAGUAAAUAAAAAAACAGUGUUUUAUCCAA